GUUCUGCUCACCCACUGAUUGUAUUCCCAAUAAGAUGGCAAUGCCAGGAGUGUUAAAACACAAGGAUAUCCAUCCUGAUGCCUUCCCGCACCGAGCGCUUAAGCUUGGUUUGGCGUUUUGAGCAAAAUGCUCUUGGCAGAUGUUUCUCUACAGACCAUCAAUUUUAAAAGAGUAACUAGCGUGACAGGCAAUGCAAAAUACACACUGCCGAAUCGCAGCCCUGCUAAUUUGCAGCAAUUCAUGGGGAAAAAACAGCAUAAGGUAUUAGCUGACAAGAUUUAUGUCUCUGAUUGAUUUCAGUUAACUUCAUGCUUCCCCUAGGCAGAUGGGGAUUAUAUAGCUCUCUGCCUUCAAGAAGGAAGGCAAUCGUUAAUUACAUUCAUUAAUUGGAUGGACUCUGCUGGAUGGCAUUCUCAAAUGUGGAAAAAUGCACAUGUAUUUAUUUGUAAUAAAAAUUCAAAUUCAAAGCCUUUAGCCAGUGGUUUAAACAAAGACUUAACUGGACUGUUUGCCUAAAUAGCAAAGUGUGACUGGAGGGAAGGUCACAGCUUAACGUUGUAGUAAGUGAUGGAGCAAAACCCAGCCCCUAAAGCAGAGCCCAGCACGUAACAAAAAUGCCACUAAAAGUGUAUGAACUUUUACUAAAGAUACAGACAGAUAAAGGAAAAAUGAAGUAACGAUAAAUGAAGUUUUAAGGCUUUGUUUUGUCCUGUUGUCCCUUUGCCUAGUUUUUUAAGGGCAACCUGCACAGUCCUGGAUGGUGAAACUGGCCACAACUCUUCUGUUGUGAAAAAUCGGCAGGGGUGGGCUGAAGCUGACUUUCUUCAUGCAUCAUUCUGCUUUUUCAUGAAAACUACUGCAGAAGAGAGAAAACAAUUGCAAAAUAGAGAGUGCAGUUUCCCUUGUGUCUGUUGGUACUUGCAGUCAUGCUGUAGUGGAAGCCUUAAAUGCUUCUCUGGUCGUCAGUGUGUGUGGGGGUUCGAAAGCUGUGCCCUGAUGCAAGUAACUGCAAGUUAUUGAAAAGAAAUUAGAGAGCAAGAUGAGGAAGGAGAAAAGGGAAUAUUAAAGGAUGGAUGAAGGAGAUCUGAGCAGGAAGGCAGGAAAGCAGCUGCUCUCUCUUCAGGCCACUGCUUGGUAAGGAUACUCAGAGGAUUAGUGUACGAAAGACCCAGCGUCUGCAAAAUGUGGUGGGUGAGGAGAAGAUGGUGAUAGUGAUGAAGUGCUCGGUUCACUUUCCUGCUGAGUGCUUUGGCUCUUCACUCUCCAUUCUCCUGAUUCUUAAAUGAGUCUAAACUCUGAUGUACCAAUCUUCCAGUCUCUUAAUGGCUUGUGACCUGAAAGCUGGCCUUGCGUGGUGUCAGAAGGCCUUAGAGUGUGAGCUCAUCAUCUGAAUGUGUCACCUUUUACAAACUUGGCUGUGUUUUUUUUUUUUUAUUUUUUAAAAUACUGUCACUUUAGACUGCUUGUUUAUAUAGUUUCUCACAGGGAAAGCAUGUUUAUAUAGUUUCUCACAGGGAGUGGGCUGCAGUGAUGGAGGUCUGCUUUCUUCUACGGCUGAGAGCAUCCACAUGAGACUAUUGCACCAUAAAACUGACCAAUCUGUUAAAAUACAGAUUCCUUUCAUUGGUGCUGAAUGGUAGGAUGAGGGGCAAUGGGCACAGACUGAAGUACAGGAGGUUCUGUCUGAAUAGGAGAAGAAACUUCUUUACUUUGAGGGUGCCAGAGCACUGAACAGGCUGCCCAGAGAGGUUGUGGAGUCUCCUUCUCUGGAGACAUUCAAAACCCGCCUGGACACAUUCCUGUGUGACCUGCUCUGGGUGAACCUGCUUUAGCAGGUGGGUUGGACUAGAUGAUCCCCAUAGGUCCCUUCCAAGCCCAACCAUUCUCUGAUUCUGUGAAAAGCAACAAACUGGGAAUAUUCUGAUUAAGACCAGUUCUUGGGUUUGUUUAUCUGGGUUUUUUUUUGUUUGUUUGGUUUGGUUUGGUUUUCAUUUUAGAGCUGGCAGCCUGACAAAUCCGAGAGAGAGAGGAAAGUCUUUUGAGGAAGUUCUUCAAUUGCUUGCCUUUAAAAAGAUGCUUUCAUAUAAAAGACCAUUACAAAACUUGUAAUUAAUAGCGGCUCUCAAACAACCUACUGAUAACCUUUGUUGUGUCCACAGGCCCUGCAAUGCCAGAGCCCUACUACAAAAGCUAAAUAGUCAAUGGAAGAACCUUGAACAGGAUUAGUUUGCUGUGAAUUGUCUGUCGUGUGUCGUCCGUCGCUAUGAAAAACAACAUCGUGCAGAGCACCUUUGCCAAGGCUUGGAGGAGCAGGAGGGGAGGCCCCGCUCUGCGCUGGAAGCGCUGCUGCCAUUGGGGCAUCAGCAAGUCUCUGGACCCCGAGGUGAGGGCGUUUUUGGAGGAGAACACGGAGGUCACCAGCAGCGGGAACCUCACACCAGAGAUACGACUUCGCCUCCUCACCCCUCGCUGCAGGUUCUGGAAGGAAAAACCUGACCUGUGGCCUUACGGGGACCCGUUCUGGGCGAUUUACUGGCCAGGAGGCCAAGCCCUCUCCAGGUACAUUUUAGAUAAUCCACGUGUUGUUAAAGGACGGUCAGUUUUGGAUCUUGGAAGUGGAUGUGGAGCAACAGCAAUAGCUGCUGUGAUGAGUGGUGCAUCACAAGUCCUUGCUAAUGACAUCGACCCUAUUGCAGGAAUGGCAAUGAUCUUGAACUGUGAACUGAACCACCUGAAUCCCUUCCCCAUCACUAUUAAGAACAUCAUUAAUUCAGAGGCUGGAAACUGGGACCUCAUUGUUCUAGGAGAUAUGUUUUAUGAUGAACAACUUGCUGAUGGUCUCCAUCACUGGCUGAGGAAAUGCAUCAGAAUACAGCAAACUGAAGUGCUGAUUGGUGACCCUGGCAGGCAUCAGUUUUUAAGCCACAGUAUUCACAGUCAAUUGCACAAAGUUAUUGAAUAUUCACUUCCCGAGUAUACUAGACAAGAAAACAAUGGAUUAACAUCAAGUAUCGUCUGGAGUUACCAGCCCUCAAAUAGCUUAGAAAGUUGUUGAAGCUGUCUUUCUUAGUGAAUUUUGUCUCACUUCGUUGGCUUUUUUGUAAGUAUGUAAAAUAAAAAUGGGAAUUAAACAUGGGACGUACCUGUUGAUGGGAAGUAGAUUACCUUCACUGUACUGAUUUCAGUCAUACUCACUGAGGCUUUUGCUCCAUUUGAGGUACAACCUACAUGCAAACUGUAUUCAAAGGGGCUUACACUGAAAUGCAAAUCCAAAACCAAGCUACAUGUAGGAGUUUGCAUGCUUGCUGUUUUUCAUGUAAAUUCAUGUAUCAGUCUUGCUCUCUGAUGUGAUUGUGAAAUGUUUUAGACAUCCAGCAUACCGCUGUGGGGAGAGGAAGAAGGUGCCUGAAAAAUUACUGCACUGCUUUCACAGACUUUUUUAGCUUAUUUACAGAGAAAAUUAUUGCUGUUCUUCAUAAAUCUCUCUGCUAGACUAUUAGCUCAUACUAUACUCAACUGAAAGUGCCUUGCUCUUUUUCUGGAUCUCUCUUAUGAAUGUCAAAGUAACUAAUGUGAGUCUCCCACCUCCCUUCUAUAAUAAAAAUUUACUCUUUCUUGAA